AUCUUCAAGUUAAAGCUAUUUCACCUUUUCUACAACUUUCUGAGGCAUAUAAAGCAGGUAUAUGCCCUUCUUAAAAAGACAAAAACAAGGACAAAGUAAAUGACUUGCUCAAUACCAGCAAAUCAGUGGUAGAGCUGGGUCUCCUGCUUCCGGUACCGCAAUGACAAUAGAAUUUCCAACUUACAUUAUAAACUUCACAUAGUUUUUUUCUUACCCCUUGAGGUUAAAGAUGGGAUAUAGCCAAAGGUACAUUGAUUACUCAUGCUUCAGCUGGGCAGAAACAGAAAUUAAUUUCAUCUGUAUUACUCUCAUGAUUUUCUGUUCUCAAAAUUACAGUUCCUCUUAACUGCAACUGUAAUCCCUGUCACUUUCCAUUAUGGAAUGAGGAAGCAAUAUUUUAUCUUAUCUCUUGAAAAUUGUGUUGAAAUGGAAACUAUUUCCCUUGGUAAUUAGUAGCAUUUUUCUUUAGACUCUUGGGAAAUUCACUUUAAUAUAAAAACAAUUUGCCAUUGUUAUCAUAUGUAUUCAUCAAAGGGCCAAAUAUAUGGUUAAUGCUAUAGAGUUUGCUAAACAUUUAUUAUAAUUUUAACCAGUCUCUGCAUUUAGAGAGGAAAUUAAAAAUUCAUGUUAACUACUUCAGCAUGAAAGAUUUCCAAAGUUUUCAUUCUAACUGUUAACAUUCAGCCCAUAAGCUAGAGUUUCUUGAAUGUUUACUCUUAGCCAGGCAUUGUUGCUAAACACAUUACAAUUAUAUUUAAUAUUUACUAAAACCCUAAAAAAGUAGCUGCUGCUUAUGAUUCCCCAUUUUACAGCCAGGUAUCAUAUUCAACAGUAAAUACUGUCUUCUUCCUCCCCUUCAGCUUCUGGACUUUCUGAGCAGCCCCGGUCAGCACAAGAUGGACCCCGUAGUCUUGAGUUACGUGGACAGUCUACUGCGGCAAUCAGACGUUUCACUUUUGGAUCCUCCAAGCUGGCUCAAUGACCGUAUUAUUGGAUUUGCCUUUGAGUACUUUGCCCACCAUCAGUUUCGUGACUGCUCUGACCAUGUCUGCUUCAUCAGCCCUGAAGCCACACAGUUCAUCAAGUGCGCUAGCAGUCCGGUGGAGAUCGCCGUGUUCCUUGAGCCCCUGGACCUCCCCCACAGGGGAGUUGUGUUUCUAGCCAUCAAUGACAAUUCCGACGAGGCAGCUGGGGGAACCCACUGGAGUUUGUUGGUUUAUCUCCAAGAUAAAAGUAGCUUUUUUCAUUAUGAUUCCCAUAGCAGGAGCAACUCCCUCCAUGCCAAGCAGGUAGCAGAGAAACUGGAGGCUUUCUUAGGUAGAAAAGGAGACAAACUGGCCUUUGUGGAAGAGAAAGCCCCUGCUCAACAAAACAGCUAUGACUGUGGGAUGUAUGUGAUAUGUAACACUGAGGCCUUGUGUCAGAACUUCUUCAGGCAACAGCCACAAUCACUGUUGCAGCUACUCACUCCUACAUAUAUCACAAAGAAAAGGGGAGAAUGGAAAGAUCUCAUUGCCAAACUUGCUAAAAAUUAGAUCUUGAAGUAUAUUUGUGACUUUUGAAGUCUCCUCUCUCUGCCUGUCCCCGUUUAUUAGAUGGCUGCAAUCUCAGUGCCUGGGGGGAGAUGCCUGGUAAAAGGAAGCUUGUUGUUCUUAUUUUUUCCUGAAAGAAAGUUGUCCUCCGCGUUAUCCUAAUGGAAAGUUUCACUUUAACCCUAACUUGAGAGCAAUAUGUUCUGUGAAAACAUCUUAAAGUUAUGCACUAAAACCUUAAAACCAAGCUAUCUUUUAACAUUUAUUGAUUCCCUUUUGGUCUCCCUUAUCCACAUUGGCUCAUUCCAGAGGAAAAGCAGUGAUCUGUAAACAAACCAUGCACAUAAGAAAUCUAGAGAAAUGCAGGAAGAACACUGCAGAGGAACCAAAACCUCCCUGCACAGCCCACAUAUUUAAAGAGACCAGCUGACUAGAAACAGAGCAAGACUUAACCUAAUUCAAGAUCUAAAUAUUAUGAGAAUCGAUUAUUUAGUUCUGGGGUAAUCUCUUCCAUUCACCAUGCAAAGGCUUUCCCGGCCACCUCUGUAACCUUUGCAGAUAUUUGAUAAAGGUGAUGGGGUGAUGGUAGCCUAUCUUCCCCCAUCUGAUUUCCCUGAAGGCUUUAAGAAAAGGGAAAUCUUGAGUAUCUGCAUCAAAAUAAAUGGCUGUAGCGGACCUUUCCGUUUGCUCAGUGAGUGAGUCGACUUCCUACUCUGAAUUGGUAACAGCUUCUGUUCACCCUGUCUGUUAGCCAUGCAUACACUCCUUCCUUAUAUCCAAAGAUCUAUGGUUUUAAAACUUAUAGCUGAUGACUUCCCAAGGAUACCUGUCAUUUCAGAUAAAUAUUUCUGCUCCCUCUCCUCUCUAUCCUUAACCUGGCAGAACUGUUCUCAGUAUGUCAUGGUGAUUUCAGGAAUGCUAUUGUAUGUACAACUUGCAGACUAUAAAUUGGUUUGUUUUUGAGAUGUAAAGGAAGAAAAGUGACCUUUCUCGACCCUUUCACUUAAUUCAAAAUGCAAUGUAAUUUUUUUAAUGUAGAACCGAGAGUAAAAAGAAAUGCAAUCCCUCCUAAAUCACUGAUGUUUUUUUUCAGAGUUGUUUCAAAUAACUAAUAACCAGAUGAUAUGUUGGGUACACACAUUAAUUCUGUUCCUAAUGAGAAUUAGAUUACAAUGCACAUGAGACUUGGAAACCCGAGAUUAGUUUCAGCUAUGAAAUUUAUUUCAGCUCCCUCCCCAGCUUGACCCUGCCCCCAGCCUGCAGAGCCCAAAAUAACCUUACCACUCAGUGACCACAGAGACAGUAAUUCAGUUCCUUUUAGUCAGGGACAGAAACGAAGUGUAAAUAAUACAGGUUACAUAGCAGGCCUGAAUGAACACAAGUUGAAACAAAGUCAAAGAAAGCUAUGAAAAAGUUCCCAGUAUAUUUUGGAUAAAAAGUAGACAAAUGGAAAAUGGGGGCAGGAAAAAAGAUAAGGAGGUAUCUCAGCAGGGGACAGCAAGAGUGAGGUUUCUGGGGCCAUGAGUAUAGACAAGAUAAUAAAGCAGUCCUAUUUCAAUAUACUGUUGAUAUAGGCAUCUACGCUAGACAGAGAGUCAAAUCCUCUGUGGGAAAAGCUGUCAAUCUGAUAAUGCAACAUAUGUCUGUUUAAAUGUCAGAUUGUCUCUCAUCAAUACAUAGGAGAGCAAUCUUUUCUAACUCUUAAGAUUAGUCCCAGAAAUAAGUCAUUCUUUGGAACUAAAUUAGUAAAGUCUUUUUAAAAAAAGAUAAACACAGACUAUGCCACAGGUGAGUCUCCUUCCAUAAAACUCUGAGUAUGCCGUGUGUAUGUGUGUGCUUUAUAAAAGGAGAAUUUAAGAGUUUUAGUUUUUCACUAUAUAGUGCAAUAGCCCAAAACUUGUGCACCUACUUGACCAUUUACCAAUGAUGCUACGUGAUGCAAAAUAAGAGGAAGAUCUUCUGUGGUGCUGUACCCCCUUCUUAGUGCGAAAGAGGCCAGUCUACAGAACUCACCUUCAAAAGAUUGAAAAGGAAAGCAGGUUAUUCAGAACUGGAUUGAGCAGUUAUUACACUGAACUGUUCUCAGAUAUUGUACUGCUCCAUCCGUGUACUCACAUUUGUCCAACCUGCAUCUCGUAUGGAAUUUAGAAAGAUGAAUUUCUGUAGAUGGUGGUCAGAAAUAAGUAUCAGAGGGUUUUCUUUUUAACACUGUCCAAAUCAUAAAUAUUUCUGCCCCUUGGCUAGAUAGCUGUUGAAAUUGAUAAGCACUAGGCUUAAUUGGAUCAAAAGAAUUAAAAAAUCACAACUGGAUUAUAUUUCUGAUACCUACCUUAUUUUCAUUCUGUAAUUUUUACUAUAUCCAUAUUGACCAUAUGUUUUAAUAAUAGGUAUUCCAUUGAAAUGACAAAGUAGAAUUUCUCAGUCACAUGGUUAUUUACUGAUAUUGAAAGUUUUCUUCACUGCUUAAAAUGGAAAGGGAGGGGGAAUGAAUAUAUUGACAGAAAUUUACAUGUUGUGGCGCAGGAAAGAGCAAGACUGUUUUAAUCAAAUACAAGUCCUGUCAGGUAUGACUUUGAGCCUCAGGCAAAUUUGAGAUUGCCUGGCCUCAUCUCCAGAAUGAAGAUAGUAGUCUGUUUCAGCCAACACUGCAAGGAUUAGGUAUCAUUUAUAAAGCAUAUAGUGGACAAUCAAAUAAACAUAUUCCCUUUCUGCCUACUGCCCAGUUCCAUUUUAAGAUUGGCAAAAAGUUUAAAAACUAAAUUUUAUAUUACAGCUAAACAGCUAUGCAAAAAAAUGGCCUGAUAAAUACUAUUAUGUACAAAAGAGAAAACUUAUUCAAGGAUUGUAAACAGCAACAACUAAUCUUUGUGUCAUUUUACAACAUGCAAGUUACUUUAUUAUAUAUAAUUAGUAUACAUGUUCUCAUUUAAUUGUCAUAUCUUUCUCUGUUUAUAGAUAAACAAUCUCAGAGAAGCACAAUCACAUGAUUGGAAGUGACAGGGCCUCCACUUCCCCACACUAUUUCACCUAAUUCCUUUCUCCCUUUUCUGAGAAAUUGGUGGCAAGAACUCCUUGCUUGAACAUUUCAAAUGUAAUCUGGCCUGACUGUACAAAUUUCAUAAAUUCUGCUGGUAUGUUACAGAAACCAAUAAUGAGAAAUUGUCUUCUCAAUUAACUUCCAGUAACAGAACCUACAUAACAACUGGUUUUGCUUUAUACUUUAGGUCAUAUUUGGAUCACCUCCUGAUUACUGAUGGAUCUACUGAUCUAAGGCAUUUUGAAAGUCCUACAUUGUACUUCCUUUCAGGUUACAUGUAUAUGAAAGAUGGCAGGUAGAACAAAAGCAGCAGUCUAGGGAAUCUCAUAAAAAAAGAGAGGGCUUAAAGGAAUUGGGUCAAAUUAGUGUAGCCAAGCAAAGAUGGGGCACUCUACAGAAGUGGGAAGAUUGGUCACUGACUUCCAAAAUGAGACAGAUGAAAUUCCAGUAAGAAAAAGUCACGUGCUAUGUAUAUUUAAAUGAAAUUUCCUUCUGUAAGGAAACUAACAUGUCAGAGUUAAAAGGAAGUGGUAGCCAACUUCACUAUCACUAGCAGGGAAGAGUUACCAUUACUCUGGAAAAGAUCAAUCUUAGAUCCUGCAGUUUGUGUUAAAAGACAAGGGAGAAUAACUUUCUGGCUCUUUGCCCUCUGUGUUCAAACAAAGCAACCUGUGUUUGGAGGAAAGCCCUUUCCCCAUGAUGCAAGCUGGGAUAAGGUUUUGUGCCCCAGGCUAUGCAUCCCUAGCCAGUUCACAUCCCAGCUCUCUGCAGCUACUGUCUCAAUCUUCAUUCCUCAAACCUGUGCAGCCCUCAGCUCCUGCACUCCAACUUCAGAAAGAAAAGUAGGAACUACCAUGAACUUCACUUUCCACCAAAUCUGCAAACGUACCUACAUGUGUGCCCAUCUGUAAGCCUUCCUCCCUCCUACUGCAGUGACCCUCACAGCGAGGGCCAAUCCCCUGCCCUGUGCAAAGGGAUUUCUUGCAAACAAUUCCUUCACAGAUACAAGCACAUCAUCACCCUCUCUCUGCCAGCUCCUUUCCAUCAACAUUUAGAUCAUAGAAGUAUUAAAUCUCCCCCUCUUUAAAAAUAAAUAAAAGCACAACUUCCUAUCUCCCUCUAUAUGCUGACUUUUCUGCCUUCCUCCUUUUCCAGCCAGAUCUGAAGUGUCACGAGUCCUCAGCUCCCUCCCACUUCUCAACCCAGUUGAAUCUAGACUCUGCUCCCACACUCUACAAAAACACUGACGAUUAUUUUACUAGUACUCCUUGCAACAUUAAAUCCUCCUUUUCAAAUCACUGUUCCUUUAACUGAUGUGAUGAUACCUACUUUUCCUACGUACUGCUCUGACCACUCUUAUUUGCUAGUUUCUUCUCUGCUUGCUGUAGAUUCUCAGGGUUUUGCCCCCAAAACCUUCUACUCAUUCUGUGCACAUUUCCUAGCGUCUCCUAUCCAUUCUCCAGGCCAGCCACAGAUUUGGGCACUUCAGACCUGUACUUCUCUCCUGAACUCUCCCUAACUUCUACCUGUAGAUCCCUGUAACAGCCUGCCAGACAUUUUCCCUUGGGUAUUUCCAAGGCUAUCCAAACCUACUAAAUCCCAAAACUCAUCUUCUCCCGUCAAGCUUGCUCUAUCAGUAUUCCUUACCUCUGCCCCACCCAGUUCUAGCCAGAAAUCUAGGAGCCGUCCUUGGCUUCUCUCUUCACAUCUAUCAAUCUCCUAGUCAUGUUGAUUCUACAUCUUAAAUAUCCUUUAAAUCCAUAUAUUUCUGUCACCAAUGCCACCACUCCAGUCCAAAUGACCAUGAUCUUUCAUCUGGACUGCCCAAGUCCUUUCUUACAUGGUCCUCCGGUAUUCGUGCGUACUCUCCAGUCCAUUUUAUACCCUGCCAACAUCUUCAGUAAGGCUCCGCACAAUCUGCCCCUCCUGUUUCUGCCUCUUCACAAGUCAGACCACUCCUGCCCUCGUUUACUGUGCUCCAACUCUGCAGACCUUUUAGUUCCUCCAAUGCAACACAUUUUCUCCCCUUAAAGCCUUCCUGCUUGCUCCUCUCUCCCCCUCUAACCAUCCCACACUCUUCCCUGGGGAAAUUCCAAUGUGAUCUCCUCCUUAGAGAAAUCUUCCCUGAUGCACCAGACUAGGUCGCUUUCCUUGUUGAACAGUUCCCAAGGAUCACGAACCCUCUCGGUGUGCCCCAAUCACAUAUAAUUUUUGGUGUUCUAUUUCUUUUUCCACUAAACUGUAAAAGCCCUAGAGACCAGAAACCAUGUCUUAUUCAUACAUCAUUGAAUCCCUGCUGCUUAAUAUAGUGCCUGGCACAUAGACCCUGGUUGUUACUUGUUGAAUGGAUAAAUACAAAUAUAGAAGCAAUUUAUCAAAACAGCCCAUCAUCCUUCCAGGGCAAUGCAGCAGAAAUCAAAAUGCCAUGUUAGUCAGCAAAAUAUUUCAUGCUUGCAUAAGAGAAAGCUAUUGUGGGGGUAGAGUUUGAUGAACUUAGGCAACCUUACAGAAUAGGGAACUCACUAAACAUGUAACUCUAACCAUGGGCGUCUUCAAUUAAUCUGCUGAUUUCUUAGAGGUUUUCACAUUUCACAUAGUUGUAACCCAUGUAUAAGCAUAUUUUAGUUCUGAUUUUUGCCUUUUCCACCCUUAAAUGUUUUUAUGUUUAAAGGUAGCAUGGGGUUUCACCUAGGUAACAGGCCAUGAUGUUCUUAGCCAUCUCCCCACUUUGGGGCUUGCUGGCUACUUCUGACGUUGUCAUGAAUAGCACUGCUGCAAACACUCUUCAUAAAUAACUCCUUCAUUCCAUAUUAUCUCCUUGAGGAAUACAAAAGUGGAACUGAGACAUCCCUUCAUAUAGAUAGCCAGAGAGUUCUCGAAAGAAUCAGUGUAUAGCACCAUUAAUGUGUUAUAUAUAUAUGUGUAUCUAAUUCUAAGUAGCCCUACCAACAUUAGGUUUUAUACAUGUUUAAAUUCAUUCCUUGAAAUUUAGUAGAUAAUAACGAACAUUUAUUGGCUCUUUCUAUGGUCCAGAGACUUACAAGCAUUUCACAUGAAUUUUCCUAUUUAAUAAUGACCCAAACCUGUAAGGUAAGUACUACUAUCCCCCUUUUAGAGAUGAGAAAACUGAGGCUUAGAGUUGCCCGAGUUAAGUAAAUUGAUGAGGUUCAGAUGCAGAUGUACUGAUUCCAGAGCAGCAGCCUGUACUCUUGACCACCAUGACAUACUGCCUCCGGUUGAUUGUUGGUAGUAGUAGUGGGGGAUUUUUUUUGUUUUGUUUUAAUUAUUUACCUAAAAGGAAAAUUUUGUGCUGUUAAGCACAAAAACUGAAUGUGGCUUUUCUGGUUUCAGGAGCACAGCAUAAACUAUUGCUAGAGAGCCUGUUUGUUGCGGUGUAAAUAUCUAGAUAGACCUUUUUUGGCUGAGACACAUCAACUCCCUGGGUUUAGCCUGAGUGGGCCCGGAGGUUAUAAAGAGACAUCGGUCUCUAAAUAAUAAGAGGAAAGAAAUUUGGAUUUUCAUUGGAUGUCCUAGAAAAAGAGAAUGAGACUAGGAAAGAAAGAAGUGGAGGGAGGCUGGUGAAAAGAAAUGAGAUGGGGUGCAUGCUAGAGACAUAGCAGGAGUCAGGGCCUCCUGGAGAACAUGGACAGUGAGAAGCUUCCUGAGACAGUAGGGAAUGGCUGUUAAAUUUCUACAAGCAGUCAUGCAUGCAUUGAAUUUGAGGUUUUCUGCCUUGUGCUAUCAUCUUCCUUUAACUCCAAACCUUUUGUGCAAUUUGGGUACAUCUGACCAUUCAGUGCAAAUCAUUUGGAGGAAUGAAGGAUGAGCAAGAGGGCAACAGCCAAAGGAACAGGAGACAACAUACAAGCAGGCUGCACCAUGAUCUGACGCAGGACAUACAGAAGCAACCUUGGAAACACUUGGAAAAAUUGAGGUCCCAGGACUUCCCACAGUGGUUGGAAAUGGAGCUCAGGCUAUUUUUGUAUCAAAAGAAUGACCCUUUAAAUUAAAUUGCUUGCAGUUGUCCAAAUUGGAAACUACUGGGUCACAUUCAAGUAGAAAGAACUUUUGAUGAGCCACAAUAAAAGAAAUUUGAUUAGCGGCAUUUGCCAGUCUCCUCCUUGAUAAUGGUGAUGAGCUCCCAGAAUGCCAAACUCUCCUGGUUUUCCUCCUUCCUCAUUAGGUACCCAACCAUUUCGUUUGCUAUUUCUUCCCUUUCUUCUUGAUCCUUACUUAUGGUGGAGCACAGGGCUUAGUCCUCCAUCCUCUCCUCUAUCGACACUCGGCCCCUUGGUGAUCUCAUCCAUUCUUAUGCUUUUAAAUACCAUCCAUAUGUCAACUGUUUCCAAAUUUGUAUCUCCCAGCCUUCACUCCUGAGCUCCAGACCCACAUAGCUUAUUGCCCACUUGGCAGCACCACUUGGAUGUCUAGAACUCACC